AUGGCGAGCCCAACGGGCCACACUCUCUUUAAAAAAAAGGAGGGCAUCCUAUCAUUCACGACUGAUCAGAAAGCCAUAACAUGGACGCCAGUUUCGGGAGGCCCAGCAACCGUCUCGCUGCCAGUUACCAACAUCACUAAUCUUCAGCAAACUCCCGACAGCUCUCCCAAAGUUAUGCUGAAAAUAUUCGAGAAAUCGGAAAGCGCAAGCGACCCCAUCACCUACCUUUUUCAUUUCAACACCCAAGAAGCUAAAGCAGAAGCUCAAGCUGUCAAAGAUCUGCUCUCACGAUUGUUGGCCGAUCUACGGAAUGGCGAUGCAAACAUAUCUAAGUUGGUGACUGCUACCUCAACACCCGUUGCAAAUGGAGAGGGUGCAGGGGGCUCUGCCACGCUGGUAUCCUCGGGUGGUGCGAACGCACAAUCGGCACCUCCAAAAUGGUUUGAUGAUAGCCAAUUGAAGACGAAUAUUGAGCUACAGCAAUCUCUCAUGAAGAAAGACAAGAGUUUGCACGAAACGUACGUGAGCGCCAUGAAGACUAAGCCAGAUUCAAUGACUACUGCUGCUUUCAACUCCCAGUUCUGGUCCAUGAGGAUAAACUUAUUACGAGCUCAUGCCAUCGAAACAACCCAAAAAAAGGGGGCAUACAACGUCCUCUCGACUGUUAAGCCUCGAACCGUGGACGGGGAAUUGAAACUGAACAUCAGCGUCGAGCAAGUUCAAAUGAUAUUUACCCAACAUCCAUUAAUUAAACGAAUAUACAAUGAAAAUGUACCGAGACUAACGGAAGCGGAAUUCUGGUCGCGAUUCUUCCUCAGCAAACUUGCUAAGAAGCUUAAGGGGGAGCGCGUCACUGACAAUGACCCAGCCGAUGCUAUCUUUGACAAGUACAAUAUCGAUAGCAGUGUGCAAGACGCUCAUUCCAAGAUCACGACCCAGCCAGUCCCUCAUAUAAUUGACAUUGAGGGCAAUGAAGAGAACCAAGGAGGAUUCAAAGGCGGCAACGCCAAGGAUGUCGAAAUGCGACCUCGGGCAAAUAUCCCUAUCGUUAGGACACUUAACAGUCUAAGCGAAAAGAUCAUGGCAAAUGUUCCUCCCUCGGAUAACACGGCAUAUGACGCUCAGGGACUCUAUAAUACAUCUCGAGAGCUAACUCUACGCGACCUAAAAGGAGAUGGUGAAGAACAGCGCAUUAUGCUUAGUAUCAAAGAAAGAAAUAACUUUUUCUCGUCGAAGGAUUCCCCUGCCCUAAGAGGAGGGGAUGUUCUCGGAAGUCAACGGCCUGAAGAUGUUCUCGCCAAAAUGAGAAAUUUGCACACUACCAGGCCUAAUAAAACCGGGGACACUGGACUGCAAAUCAACAUAGAUCUCGACAUAGAUAGUGACAGCGACAGCGAGUCAAAAUCUAGACUCAGCGCCACCCGUGACGCAAUUAGAGAAGCAGAGAAGGAUGUCAUGGCUGGCAUACAACAACAGCGUUCUCAAAAAUAUGGACGCGCCUCGGAUGAUACAUCUCCAAUGGGGAUACCUCCUGAAAUCUACAAAGAGUGUGGUCUUACGCAUGCUACAACGAUUGAGUUUCUUCAUCAGUUCUGGGACGGCUUUCUUUCCGGCGACCCUGACCGUGCCAUAGAGGUGCAAUACUUGGCUGAGUCGCUGGCGAGAUCCAUGACACGUAUUCAAGCUGUAGCUGACGAGGCUGAGAAGGAAAGAGAGAAUGCCAUUCAAAAGCGGAAGCAGGAGAUUCGUAAUCACUUCGACCGCACAGGGAAGAAGGUUCGAUGGAAACCAGAUCUGUUUGGCGGUGGUCGCGAUGGCGUAGGCAAGAUAAUGCAGCCGACGCUGGAUGCAUUGCGGCGAGCACAGGACACUUAUUCUAGGGCACUGGGCGAGGAGGGUGUCCAAAUAUCGACGGAGAGCACAUAA